UACUCUCCUAUGCAGCGAUGUAGCCGUCGAGCCAGUUUUCUGACGCUGUUUUUGGGAACUCCUCACAGCAGCAGCAAAGUAGGAAAUCUCAUUUCAUUCAGAGCAAGGUGUGGUAGACAGCUGUUCUGUGUUGUGGCUCCUGAAGCUGAAGCGUGGACUGACUUGUAAACACCUGACCUGGAGUUUGAGGGAAGAGCGCAAGAAUCUAAGUUCAUCUUCACAGGAAUAAGACUUUCCAUUUGCUGUGAGGCCUCAGCAGCUCCACCAUGCCUGUCGCUUAUAGAAAUCAGCACUAUGCUGAGCUGAAGAAGCAGCACAACCAGAAAGGGACGCUGUUUGAAGACCCAGAGUUCCCAGCCACCAAUUCAUCGCUUUAUUACAACAAACCCCCUCCUGGAGUUGUGCAGUGGAAACGACCCAGGGAAAUAUGUGAAGCCCCACAUCUCUUUGUAGAGGGCAUCAGCUCUCAUGACUUGAACCAGGGGAUUGUGGGAAACUGCUGGUUUGUUGCUGCCUGUGCCUGUCUGGCUUUAAAAUCAGACCUCUGGGAGAAGGUAAUUCCUGACUGGAAGGAGCAGGAGUGGGGUUCAAACUACGCUGGGAUUUUCCACUUCCGGUUCUGGAUCUUCGGUGAGUGGAUAGACGUGGUGAUAGAUGACCGGCUGCCAACGAUCAACGGACAACUCAUCUACUGUCAGUCAAAACAGAACAAUGAGUUCUGGAGCGCCCUGCUGGAGAAAGCCUACGCCAAGCUCUUUGGCUGCUAUGAGUCCCUGGCUGGAGGCAAUACUGGAGAUGCUGUGGUGGAUUUCAGUGGAGCCGUAGCGGAAGCCCUCGACCUGCAGGCAGGGAAAUACUACGCAGAUCAAGCCAAACAAGAUAAGUUAUUUGAGGAACUUCUUAAGGUGUGGAAUCGUGGAGGAAUCAUCAGCUCCUCCAUCAAGCCGCAGGGAUUUGGACUUGAGUCAAAGACGGAUAAUGGGCUGGUGCGAGGCCAUGCGUACUCGGUAACUGAUGUGAAACGAGUGCGUUUGGGUCAUGGGCUGUUGGCCUACUUUAGGAAUGAAACCAUCCCACUUAUCCGCCUGAGGAAUCCAUGGGGUAAAACUGAGUGGAUAGGAGCGUGGAGUGACAGUUCUGAAGAAUGGUCAAAAGUCGGUGACACAGAAAGAGGCAACCUUGGCAUCACAGUGGCGGACGAUGGAGAGUUUUGGAUGUCAUUCACAGACUGGUGCAAGAACUUCACUGAUGCAGACGUUUGCCGUCUAAUAAACACCUCACUGAUCAGCAUCCAUAAGACCUGGAAUAAGGAAGUGAACUUUGGGAAAUGGACUCGAAACAGCGACCCCCUGCUGAACCGCUGCGGUGGUUGUGUUAACCACCGGCAGACAUUUCUGCAGAACCCACAGUAUUUGUUUGAUGUCACCAAAGAAUCUGACGAGGUCCUGAUCUCACUGCAGCAGAAAGACAGAAAGAUCCACAGGAAAGAAGGUCAAGGAGACAAUCUAAGCAUGGGCUUCAACAUCUUGAAGGUGGAGGUGAACAGGAAGUAUCGUCUACACGACUUGGUGACGCAACAACUUCUGCAUACCUCCACCUACAUUAAUGCUCGGUCGGUGUUCAUGAGAUGUGAGCUGCCACAGGGCCGAUAUGUCGUCAUCCCGACCACCUUCAAGCCUUUCAUAGAAGGAGAGUUCAUGCUCCGGCUUUACACGGACGUGGACUCCGGCUGUCGGGAGCUAGUGAAGGACAAACCGCAGACUAAAUGUUGGACUCCGCUUUUUGGAUAUCCUCAAGUCGUUACUCACAUAUCUGUGGACAGAGCUGAGAUCGGUCAGCAAGGAGACCAGGCGGAGGGCAUAAACCCAUAUCUGAUCAUUUACUGCGAGAACCAAUCAGUGAAGUCCAUCGCCAAGAAGAACUCUUUGAAGCCGGCUUUUGAAUUUAGCGCCAUUUUCCACAGGAAGAAGGUCACAGAGCCCCUAACAGUGCAGCUGUGGAGCGAUGACCUUGGAUCGGACAGAUUUUUGGGCCAAGUCAUGCUGUCCGGGAGGCCUGAUGACAACACUCACCCUCAGCUGCUCCAGCUGAAGGAUAAAGGUAGUAGGAAGGCGGCCGAUAUGCCCGGCAAAAUUGCCCUGAGGAUCCUCACUUCGAACGAGCUGACGGCCUUAUAAUGAGACAUUUGAAACGUACAGUAUCUGACUAAGUAUCAUCGAUGAACUGAAACAGCUUGAACACCGUCCAUUAUUAUUUUUAGAAAGUUAGGAGGAACGCAAGAUGAUUCUGACCAGAUUGUUGGGUUCAUUUUGACUUCUUUUUAGAAAAAACAAAGUGUUUUUGUUUACUACUAUUUUUAUAUUUGUGUGUUUGGGAAAGUAUUUUUUCAUGAAACAAUGAGUAAAACUGAAGUAACACUCCAGAGCCUGUCAGUGAACUUGACAGGAUUAUGCUAGCUUGGCUCAAAGGCCAUUUCGACUGAAAUGGCGUUCAUGAAUGAAAUGUUUCAGUUUGUGUAGGCCAUGCUUCCAAAUAUUUAAUUAACAUUAACAGCCGCCUCUAUCGGAUCAAUACUAACAAAAGGAUAAAAAGUAUUUAAAUAAUUUCCUGCUUUUCUAAUGGUUGCUUCUGAUAAAUCAAGUUUCUCCUCAACUUUUUACAUCUCAACAUAUAAAGCCAAAAAUGUUUGUCUUGCAUGAAACGGCUGCCACCACUGAAGAUGAUUGGUGUGAUCUAUAACCAUCAGCUUUGCCUUUAUUCUAGUUAACUGUCUUUUAAUGAGUACAAUAAAUCAAAGGUAAAGGGCUUGUUAUUUUGCAGCAAUUUUUUAAUAUGUAUUUUAAAUGUCUUAAACAAGGGGGCCUUCUGUCACUUAUAGGAGACUUUACCAUGAUGUAAAUACAUGUCCUUCUUUCAUGCCUUUCAGAUUGAACAAUUUCCUUUCUUCCUCACUAAAACGUACACUGUUAUUUUAGUGAUAUUUUGCAUUGUUACCUUGGUUGGUUUCAAUUAUUCCUUCAAUGUAUCAACUGGUAAUCUUUUGCAAAUAAAACAUUGGUAUUUCCUAUUUCUGACGCUGGCUCCGCCCCCAUGCUGACGUAGAGCAAUCCUCCCCCAAUUAUUCCCCAGCGUUUGUCAGCAACUGACCAAUCAGCGGUCAUAAUUUAUCGGCAGUAUGUGGCUGAACUGACUUCCGACUAUAUCGUCAGUGUUUAUCAUAUCAAACACACUGCGAUCAGAGAAAUUGAGGAAGAUAAUAAGGAAUCGUGAAUAUGCGAUCCCGACAGUCAUUAUCCAGAGCGUGUAGAGGGUGGAAUAUAAUUUACCAUAUUUCCAAAACCAAAAAGGAGUCUGGAAUAACGCAAGGAAUAAAUCAUGGGCUGCAGCCCAUCUCAGGCCCAGUUGAAUGAAACUGAUCAAUGGCUCAAGGCUAAUGGCUCAAGGUUAAUGGCUCAAGGCUAACGGCACCAAGCUAAGGGCUCAAGGCUAACGGCACCAAGCUAAGGGCUCAAGGCUGACGGCUCUAAGCUAAUGGCUCAAGUUUAACGGUUCAAGACUAACGGCACCAAGCUAAGGGCUCAAGGCUAACGGUACCAAGCUAAGGGCUCAAGGCUAACGGCACCAAGCUAAGGGCUCAAGGCUAACGGCUCCAAGCUAAGGGCUCAAGAUUUUUUUAGAAAUAAAAUAUAACUCAGUCUGAUUAAAAUAACACUGCUAAAGAUUUAAUAAUUUAAGUCAUUACUCACCCGUUUUGUACAGCAUUCACACUCACAUUUAACCAAACGUCGCGUCCCUCCUCAUUUGUCCUCUUGGGCUUCAUCAUUGAUUUCUCUGUUUUCCGCUAACAACCGUUCAGAUCUGAUGUAGGAUUCCAUGGAGAAUAUUCUUGUCCGGCGCCUUUGACUCGGUGUUGGCUGAUAAGGCAGAAAUUUAUCAAAAAAUAUAUUGGGUAACUCACUGACUUUUACUGUCUCUGCCAUUAUAACACUGUUUGUCGGGGUUUGCGCUACUUCCGCAUGCUUCCAAUUUUUUUCCAAGUACACCUCGCUGCACCAAACCAGUUUUUCUACUACUUCUACAAAAAAAAAUAAAAUCUUUUGACGAGUCGCCUCCUGGUGGCUAUUUCAAAAAUUGCUGGUUUAGGCUAAACGCUUCCCGUCUUUCAGAUGGAAAGUUAAGGAAAAUUGAGCUUCUGUCCUGGGAAAACUCAGUUUGAAUAUAUUUAUCUGUGCUCAGUUUAAAUAAAAAGAAGGAAAAUUCAUCUUCUAAUCCUCCUUAGUUAUAGCAAUCAUAACAAAACUCUUCUUAGGAUAAAACAUGAUCCUAAAAGAUCAGUUGCUGUGGUGUCAAAUUGGACAUCGCAUCAUUUAUUUUCUAAAUCUGUCCUUAACUGUUCUGCAUGUACAGUUUUCAUUGAGGAGAUUGUCCGACGUAUGUCCCUAUUGCUGCUUUAUUUUUCUUUCUGUUUCCAUAGUUUAUAUAAAAAUAUCCCUCUAUUGAGCUCACCGCUAUAUUGACAACAUGACUAAUCAAUUUGAUUCCUAUUCGAACUCAAUGAAAAAAGAACUUGUCAUUCUGAGGCAUUGACAUGUUCCUUGAUACACAUAUUUAAUUUUGAGAGAUGAACUAAAGAUUUUGAGAAAAUAGCUGAUCCAUAGUAUUUUGCCUGACCAAAUUUCUUCAGGUGGGAAUCACAGUGAAGUUCAGAUCGCUGGUUCCUGCCAGUUUAUUUCAUUCCCACAGUUAGUUCAAAUUAUCAGUCGUGCAAAUAUUAAACAAAAUAAAAAAUUGAUUUAACAUAGAUAAUCAUAUUUGUGAUGCUAAUAUUAUUCCUUGAAGCUUGAGAUCGGUAAACAAGACCAGCAGGUUUCUAUUGGUUUUACCUUUAGGGGACGUGGGGGUGUUUAUUUUUUAUUUCCUCUUCGUUAAAAACUUUCAGAGAUCCAAUCAGCAGUUUUUCAUGACAUACUCCCACACACUGAUAUAGCCGUCAGGCCACCUUGUUUUUGGGAACUCCUCACAGUAGCAUAAAUCUCAUUUUCAUUUAGAGCAAGGUGCGGUAGUUGUUUUUGUGUUUUGGCUCCUGAAGCUGAAGCGUCGACUGACUUGUAAACACCUGACCUGGAGUUUGAGGGAAUAGUGAAAGAAUCUAAGUUUAUCUUCACAGGAAUAAGUGUUCCAGUUGGUAAGUGUUUCUGUUCUUCAUUUGUAACUUUUGAGAACAUGUUACAUAACUUUGGCUUAAAAAACUGAUUAAAGCUCAUCGUUUGCUGUUUACUGAACCUCAGUUUGAUCUUUACUUUAAGUACGUUUUACUUUCUGUUUCUCUGGUUUAAAUAAACAUAAACCUGUUUUUAAACAAA